GCGCGCGAGGAGACAGAAGCCCUCCACUUCGCGCUGCGCAACAUCGCAGAGGCGGUCAUCAACGACGCUGACCUGACCUUGGUGGAGGAGGAGGAGGGAGGAGCUGGGGGGGAGCGGGGAGCCAGCCCGCAGAGACGCCCCACCUCUCCUUCCUUCCGAGCCUCCUCUGUCUCACCCACAAGGUCAAGGUCACCGUACGCCCGCCUCCGCUCCCCGAACAGGUCCCCAUCUCCCACAGCCAGGUCAAGCCAAAAAGUGAUCGAACAGCUAGAACACAAGAUGUCGGCGGUGCGCGAGGAGCUGGUGGCCACGAAGGAGGCUCUGAACCGCGCCCUGCUUGACCGCGAGGUGCUGGACGGUCAGAACAAGGAAGUCGGCGAUGCCCUGUCCAAGUCUGAGCUACAGAAGGCGGAGCUGGAAGUGGAGAUGAACAAGUUGAAGACAGAGGAAGCCGCGCUGAGGGACGCGCUGCUCAAGAUGCAAGCGCUGAACGAGGGGCUGGGGGUCUGAACCACACCCUGGAGCUGUCGGAGCUGACGAGACAACAGCUGGAGGAGGAGAUCAUCUCCCUGACCAAGGACAAACAGGAAGUCAUCGCUCAGCUCAACGUGGUGACCUCGUGCGAGCGAGAGAACCGCCAGCAGAGCGAGAUGAUCUCGGCGUACGCGGCCGACAAAGACAACCUUGAGAGCGCCCUCUACGAGGCGCAGCAGCAGGUGAGGGAGUUGGAGGUGAGGCGCGCACAGUUGGAGGGAGAGAACCAGGAGCUCAUCGUCAAGAAGGAAAAUCUACAGU